UUUCAGGUUUUGCAGCUAUUAACCCCAAAUAUUGAAAAAGAUGAAUGUUCUUCAGCAUUGAUUCCUGAAAAUAUUCUUAAAAAUAGAUUUAAAAAUAUUUUACCAGCAAAUAGAUGUCGGCCAUUCCUGUAUACACCUGUUGAUGAAUGUAAUGACUAUAUUAAUGCUGUCUUCCUACCUGGUCAUAGUCAAAAAGAUCAUUUUAUUGUUACACAAAUGCCUCUACCAAAUACUGUAGCUGAUUUUUGGAGAAUGCUAUAUGAUUAUAAUUCAGAUACAGUUAUUAUGCUCAAUGAAUUUGAACGAAAUGAUUCAAGUUGUGCACUAUAUUGGCCAGUAGAGUAUGGUUAUAGUGAGGAAUAUGGACCACUCAGUGUUGAAUUGUUAUCAUCAUCUGAAGUAGAUCCUGAUGUUACUAUGCAUCUUUGUCAACUAAGUCAUAAAGGAAAGGGUGAAGAGAGAGCUGUUAAACAGUUUUUAUUUAAAUCUUGGCCUGAUUAUCAAACUAUACCAAAUUCUACUACGAGUUUACUUCGUCUACAUAAACUAGUCACAGAUUCUUUAAAACAGAAUGGUAAAGGUCCUGUUACCAUACAUUGUAUGAAUGGGGCAAGUAAAAGUGGAUUAUUUAGUGCUAUAUGUAUUAUAUUAGAAAGAUUAGAAAUCGAUCAUGAAGUAGAUGUUUAUCAAUCUAUUAAACAAAUUAGAAUGAAUCGACCACAAUUUAUAGAGAAUAUCGAACAAUUUCAGUUUUGUUAUCAAGUUGUUAUGGAAUAUUUAGAUAGUCAAUGA